UGAUUUUCAAAUUAAUUCGAGAGCCCGCCAUGUCUCAUCACUAAACCGUGACAAACAAUACCUUUAGAAUCAAAGGAAUUUUUAUUAAGAUUAUUAUAUAUCAUAUCCUAAUAAAAUUUUUCUCUUGAAAAGAUAAGAGGAACAAUGAAUAUAUCUUGUGACCUUGAUAAACAUAAUCUUAAGAAAUCAUACAAGGAUACGUCCAUUAGAAGAAAUUCUUUACCAGAAUGUGUUGCAUCUUCUAGUGCAUUUGAGCAAAAAAAAAACAAAAAUUACGAUGCAUUUAAUAAAAAGGCUAAGAAAACAAUUAAAAUGUUAUCCAAAAAUUAUGAUGGAAUGAAAGAAUAUCACACGAAUGUUUCUUCCAAUUCGAACGAUUGCAAGAUCGUAAAUUCAACGACAUAUGGUACAGUAAAAAUGCAGGACAAUACAUUUGAAAUACGUAGGAGUCUUGGUCCUUCGAUGAUCGUAGAAAGUGUAUCUAUGUCCAAUAUAACAGAUUCUUCAGGAGAAAAUAAAAAUAAAUCACUACAAGAGAUCUUUAAUGAUUUGGAUAUGUUACAAAAUGAUUCUUGUAUCGAUAAUGACAAUGCAUGCAUUGUCGUUGCUGAAUCUAUAAAUCCAAAUGAGACAUCUACUAUUGAAUAUGGUCAUAGGAAAAAUCAAAGAAUGAAAUUUAUGAAGGACAAUGAAAAAUCGCAGUCUAAAUAUCUCAUAGGCAAAAAAAAAACAUCAGUUGUUACAAGAAAGAACGAAGUGCAGGAAUGCACUGAAAAUUCGACAAUGCGUAAUACCGAGGAACGAAACACCAAAUCUAAAGUAAUAAAAGAAAAAUCGACAAUGAUAAAUACGAAUACAUCCACUGCAAAUUAUAAUGAAAAGCUACAUUUAUAUUGUUUGCAUAAUAAAGUAUUAAUGAUUAUGCAAGAAAAGACAAGUUUUUGUUUUACUGGCAAGCUAAUGAUAAAUGUAUUGUACGGUGCUAUAGAAGUUUAUGGAUCUCACAUUACUACCUCAAAUCCUCCAAUAGAAGUAUAUUCUCCUAAAGGAUACAGUCUUAUAACAGUAGAAACAAGUAAUAAAUUUUUGAUAUCUAACGUUAAAGAUAUCUGGACAUCUUUAUCUCCAGAGGGUAUUAAUCCUGACAUAAAAAAUGCAUUGCAAUAUGAUAUCAAUCAAUGCAAACCGGGUAUGACAGUGAUCAUUUUAUGGAAUUUGGAAAAUAAUUUAACAGGAUUCGUUAAUACUUACUAUCCAAUAAAGUUAUUUCCGAAAAUUCGCAAUGUCAAAAAUUAUUCCUGGACCGACACAAGAAGAGCUGAAAUGAUAUUGCAAUCCAAUCUUUAUCUCAAUAAUCAUAAUUAUAAAAAAUUGAUAAUCGAUCCGACUGUCACAGGAAUACUUGCUGAAAAAAUUCUUAAUCGUUGGCGUUCAAAUGAUUGGUCAUGUACAUUAAUAGCAGGUGGUAAAAAUGUUGGGAAAUCUACAACCGUACGUUAUUUGAUAAAUACGUUAUUACCGACUUCUCGGAUGGUCGUUUUGGUGGACGUUGAUCCUGGUCAAAAUGAAUGUACACCGCCUGGCAGUAUAUCCUAUAGUUUAAUUGAGGAACCAUUAACUGGACCUAAUUUUACACAUUUAAAGAUGCCAGUUUAUCAGUUGUACAUAGGAGAUGUAAAUGUGACUCGUUGUAUUACGAGGUACAUCGAAUGCGUUAAGUUGUUGGCGAAUAAAUUGUUAAGUUGUCCGAUCAUGUCACGUUUACCAAUAAUUGUAAAUACAAUGGGUUUUACACAAGGAAUAGGAUGGGAUAUCGUAGUGUUUACGAUUAAACUUUUUCGGCCUUCAUUCGUCUUACAAAUAAUGUCUGAAAGGACAAAAAAUAAUUAUCCCAAUUUACUGAGUUGCGAUAUUAUUAAUCAACAGACUUUUACAGGCUUUUCAUGGAGUAAAAAUAUUACGGUUUGGAAUGAACCAUGUUGUCAUGAGCUGCAGGUUAUAAAUACAAAUGCCGAAAAGAAAUAUGAAUCAACGAAUGAUUCAUGGAAUAUGGAGCCUUAUCAACAACGUGAAUUAGCAAUGAUAUCAUAUCUAAGUGGAAUUUUAAAUUCCAAUGGAAAUUCUACAUUCCAUGCCAGAUUAACAUCACUCAGCAUUAACGAAGUUGUACCAUAUGUGGCACCUUUUGCUUCUUUAACUAUCGCUCUACUACGAGAAUGCGUACCACCUUCACGUGUAUUAACUGUAAUCAAUGGUAACAUGGUCGCUCUGUGUGGCAUUGAUUUAACAAGUGAUUUAUUGCAAGAAGCUACUUCAUCAAAACCUCGUAUAUUAACAAGAGCACCUUUAUGCGCCUGUUAUGGCUAUGGAAUAAUUCGAGGUAUUGAUAUGGAAAAAGAAGAAUUGUAUAUAAAUACGCCAUUACCGCUGUCACUUAUGCGACAUGUUAAUUGUUUAAUAGGAUCCAUACCUGUACCUAUUAAUUUACUUCAGUUAAAUCAACCCAAUGUACCAUAUGCAGGUGGAAACGAUGCUUUACCAACGAGUCGUGAUCCACGUAGAGGUUAUUUCCGUAUGAGAUAUCAAAAUAGACGAACGUCGAGUUGAUUUUUCUAUUUUAAAGAAACUAAAAAAACUAUUUUAAUCGUUCAAUGCUCACAAAGCGAAACUUAUACAAAAAAAAUCUCAUAAAAAUACACAAGAGAGUACAAAGUGACACUCAAAGUAAAUUUAUUCUUUUCCAUUCGUCAUUGUAAAAAAAAUGUCGUCCGUUGUUUCCUUUUUAACCUCAUUAUGUAAAAGAGAAAAAAAAAAAGUACGUUUAACGAUGAAUAAAGAAUACAUCUGACAAUUUGUUACCACA